AUGACUUCAGUAUUACAAGAGAGAAAUGCUACUUUACUCAGCCGAGAAGAAAUAAGACGUACAUCUCGUGUCGUUAAUAUUAUCAGCAUCUUUAUCCUUGGAAUAGCAAGUAUCGUCUUGGGUAUUAUUGGAAAUGUGACAGCGAAUAAGGAUUCUGAUAUUUGUAUCUUGUACACUACUAAAAUUCAAUUAAACAUCUGGAUCGGAGUGCUGGAAAUUCUGUACAUCCUGUCUGUAAUCAUACUGUUCUCAGCUUCAUUAUUUCAAAGUAUAAUCAGUCUGUUUGCCCUGAGCCUCUUCAGAAAAGAAAUUUGCCAAUUUAAGUAUUCUUUUUGGUAUUACAUUAUCGAAACUUAUGUAUCGGGACUUUGCUUACUUAUAGCAUUAAGGCAGUUGGGCUUUAUUCUGUAUCAAAUUUAUCCCAAAUUGGGCAAUGAUGCAAUAAAUCAAGAUGAUGCAUCUACAAAUAGCGAAUUUUUGCCUGGUUAUCAAUCAAUAAACUAUUCCACCAAUGCUUAUAGUCAAGUGUUAAUGCCAAAAUGGCUCCGCUAUACCUCUACUAUUUUGCGAAUUUGCAUACUAUUCAUCGGCUCUAUAUUUAUUAUCAUUGGUUCCGUGGCUAAAAAUUGUAAAGAUCAAGACUUACAGGAAAACGAGCUGUAUAUAAUUUGCGCGGCCUCGUUAAUUGUUAACCUUCAUUGGAAGUGUCCAAAAUUUUUGACUAUCAUCUCUUUUGGCUUUACCACGAUAAUCUCUGCCUUAUCGAUGCUUCAGUUAUUUAUUUACUCAGUAUUUUCAAUGAUCUACGACGGUUCGAAUGCUUCUUACAUGCAUACUUAUGUUACCUGCGGUCUAUCAAUUGGUUGCUUCAUUAUUUCUUCAGCCUUGGUUGUUAUUACCUUUCGUGGUUUCAAGAAUCUUGCGCCUUUCGAAAGUGUUAAUCAAGCCUUGCGACAUUGA